UGUUGUGUAACUUGUGUCCGUUUUCUGGGCUUCGUUGCAAACAUAUUUUUGGUACUGCUGGCACGACAGCAGCAUCAGGUCGUGAUACACUGAAUGGUACGGCAGAAAGUAAUUAUGAGUCACCAAUUCGGUUGUCCAAGCGGGAGCUUUGGGCCAGCCUAACGUGCGUGGUUCCGAGUGUGCGGGAAUCAUUUAACUUUGUCCGCCGACAUUGAAGUUUCCGGAACUUCAACCAGAAGAGCUGGGCUGUUCAAAUUCAGCAUGGCAUCGACGCCAGUCUGUGUAGAGGACUUUGAACCAUACCUCAAGGCAGGCGUGUCUGACUUUGUCUGGGGAUAUUACAGAUCGGGAGCUGAUGGCGAACAGACACUGAGAGACAAUCCACGGGCCUUUCAGAGGUAUCGUCUUCGACCUCGUUGUUUGAGGGACGUGUCUCAACGAGACACUAGCACGUCUAUCCUUGGUCAUCGUCUUGCGUUCCCCGUCGGGGUGUCUCCCACAGCCUGUCACUGCUUUGCACACAAAGAUGGAGAAGUUGCAACUGCUAAGGGCAUAUCAAGUGUUGGAUCUGCCAUGAUUCUCAGCAUGUGGUCCAACAGGACUCUGGAGGACGUAGCAGCCUCUGUGCCCCCCGACACGCCCUUGUUACUUCAGCUAACCAUUCUGCGUGACAGAUUCAGAGUGGAGGCAACAAUCAGACGAGCCGAGAGAGCGGGCUUCAGAGCACUGGUGGUAACAGUAGAUGAACCAAUGCUGGGGAAAAGAGCCCAUUACCAAGACUGGGAAUUUGAUGUGAGAGACAUUGCGUUCCCUCAAAUUCUGCUUCCUGGCGAGCGAUACAUUGUUGAUCAGAUACCAUUUUCCGAUUCACGAACAUGGAACGAAAUUCUGUGGCUGAAACAAUUGACAUCACUUCCAAUCGUGCUGAAGGGUAUACUCACAGCUGAAGAUGCAGUGGAGGCUGUGAGGCAUGGUGCAGCUGGUAUCCUAGUGUCUAACCACGGUGGCCGACAGCUGGACGGGGUACCAGCUACGAUCGACGUCUUGGCAGAGAUCGUCAAUGCAGUGCGUGGUUCCGGUGUGGAGGUGUAUCUUGAUGGAGGAGUACGUAAAGGCACCGAUGUCCUCAAAGCCCUUGCCUUGGGUGCACGAGCCGUCUUCAUCGGCCGACCAGCACUGUGGGGCCUCGCUUACGAUGGUGCGAAAGGAGUGGAAAAAGUUCUGGGGAUUCUGAAAGAGGAAUUCAGCCUCGCCAUGGCUUUAAGUGGUUGUUCUUCAGUAGCAGACAUCACAUCAGACUUGAUCUCUAUGCCAUCUUACAGCAAGCUGUAGAAGCAAAUGAGAACCAUCCCCCUUUGUUGUUGAAGCCACACCUCAGUACCAACACAAUGUACAUGUGCAUACAUGUACACACAGCACCACACCUAUUGUCCAGUGUUGUAGUUGACACAACUUAAGACCUUCACAAGACCAGCAUAAAACCAACACAAUACCUCCAGCCUGAAUUCAAGUCAAAAGCUAUUUAAAUGGACUGCAACAAAAUCAUGUAAUUUGUCAUUGUGUUCAAACUGUUACUUAUGCGUGAUCUUGCAUCUGGUCUCGUGAUGGUCUCGACUACAACACUGCUAGUGUCUCGGGGUCGUUUAGCGGAAGUCUCUGUACAGCUUGCCAAGCAGUUGACACCAAAUGUUCCGUCUGGCAACUUCAAUUCUGGGGGAAGGGGAAUUUCUGGGCUUCUUUGAAUAAAAGUGCACCCAUUAGUGUCCUCAGAAAUUUCACCCCAUUUACACCUCUGCUUUCGCUGACAUAUAAAGUUGAUUUUUUAUCAUCAUAAAUGGACAUUGCUAAUCAAAAAUACUGCUUAUAAAAAGCAAACACGCUGCUAUCAAUAUUCUUACUUUUUUCUGUUUAGUUCUUUUAUUGUCUUUCGUUUUACUUUUUAGUUUAGUUAGAACAAACAGAACUUCACAUCACAAUGUGAAAUUUGCAUUAAAGGUUUUUUUUUUGCUUCGUACGCGUCGCAGACUCAAAUGAAGCCCAAAUUACCAGGCCUCAUGCAACCUUUCUGGGUCAUUACUAAGUCUUUUUGGGGGAAGUUGGAAAUCAUUUUUUUGGUGGGUGGGGACAACUUUUAAAAAGCUUAAACACCAAAACAAUUUUAGCACACAGAAGACUGAUCUGUAUAGAGGUCUGUGUUUUAUUUCUUCACAAAACAAUGCUAACCGUUAUGGAAAGCAACUGUUAUGAAACUGGAAUCUAGAAUUAAACUUGGUCAGGUGGCCUUGUACAUAUCCAAA